UUGAGCAGACGGUGUAGUUCAUAACGUAAAUAACGGGAAAUAAAUUAAGUGUUUUACGGACCUAAUAAGACAUAUCCACACAUAUGUACAUACAUAGAUAUACUCGUAUUUGCAGAACAGAAAUUAUCCGUGCGGUGAAAAUAUAAAUACUUGUGAAGAGAAUUAUUUGUACUGCAAGAAAUUAGUUGCUAAUAUUUAUGUGAGUGAGAGUGCGACUAAAAUACCGGCGGCGCGGAUAAAUAUCCAGAUUCUUACAAAUAGAGCGUGAAUAAAUAUUGAUUUAAUUGUUCCUCAACAUUUUCAAUUCCAUAAACCGAUGAAAUGACGACACGUAUUUGCCAAUUGCUCAUUGUAGCCGCUAUACUCUAUCAAAGCUCUCUAGCUGAUAUACCCAACUGCGUAUUCGAAGACACUGUCGCCUUAACCGAUAGUACCAAAUUCGCCAAUGGAUCGUACCUCUAUGAAGGGCUGGUGGUGCCGGCACAUCUAACAGGCGAAUAUGACUAUAUUGAGCUCUUCGAAGGUGAGCGUAAGCCCGUGGAGAGGCAUGUACGCGGUUGUGUGUGCAAGAUCAAGCAAUGUGUAAAGUUCUGCUGUCACCCAAGAGCGGAUAUGUAUCAGACAAGCGCAGAUGCCACGCCUCAAUGUGAAGAAGUACUUAAUGAGGAGCUCAAAUACUCGCCACUUUUGAAUGUAACAUUGCGAAAUAGCAGUCGGGUCGUAAUGCAUCUGCUGGAUGAGUUUGUGGUGCAGCAGGGGAUACCAUGCGAAGGUGGCUAUAUGCUAAUGCCACAUGUAUACGAAGACGAUCAGUGGGAGUUAUUUGAGAAUGGCACAUUGUUGCGCGUUGGCGAUGCGAAAUAUUACUCGAGGCGAGAUUAUUGCUUGCAGGCCUAUAAUACGAGCGAAGGGUUUGUGUUGAAUCCGAUGAAUUGUCCGGUUGUUUAUAAAGAGCCAACAACGCUCAUGCUCAAUACGAUAAUCAUGCUGAUUUCGGCACCAUUUCUUUAUGUCACCAUUCUAAUCUAUUGGCUCAUACCGGAAUUGUGGAACUUGCAUACGAAAUGCCUGAUUUGUUAUCUACUUUCGUUAGCUAUUGGCACGACGCUCAUUGUUGUGGUCAAUAUGCAGCGUUCAGAUUUAGAAAAUUUUGCUUGCGCUAUAAUCGGUUUCGUGACAUACUUCUUCCUAACUGCCGUCUUCUUUUGGCUAAAUGUGAUCUGCUUCGAUCUUUGGCAAAAUUUCCGUAUCACCCAAGGUGCAGUGCUAAAUUUAACACAGCGUAAACGGUUUCUUUACUACUCACUCUAUGCUUGGGGCAUGCCAGCGCUGAUGACAAUAAUAACAGCCAGUUUGCAAAGUUCAAAUUUACCACCAGGACUCAAGUCGGGCAUUGGGGAUACACACUGUUGGUUGAAAAUUGACGACUGGUCAGCGAUGAUCUAUUUCUAUGGACCCUGCCUACUGCUGAUUAUCUUCAAUAUUGGCAUAUUUUUCUUGACGGCCAAUAAAAUCUAUGAAAUACGUAAGGAGUUGCAGCAUUUUUCACGCGGCGACUGCAGUCAAAGGCAUCUGCGUUCGCAGCAAAAUAAUAAAAAUUUGCUGAAAUCUUUCAGUGUAUGGCUCUUCUUUCGCAUGUUCAUUGUAAUGGGUAUUGGCUGGCUGCUGGAGAUUAUCAGUUAUAUGGUUGGCAAUAACAGUAAAUAUGCUCUGCUCUUUGCGUUCACAGAUGUCUACAACGCCUCACAGGGACUGAUUAUAUUCAUAUUGCUGGUUGUGAAAAAGAAGGUGCUAUUGCUGAUAAAGAAAAGAUUUACUAAAAUGGAUAACACUUUGCAGCUUUCAACUAGAAGAUUUACGAAGUCCAGCACGUCGGCCAUGGAGUUAUCCAAUGCUGAAAGUCGAUGGAAACUUCGAAACUGAAAAUCAAAUCAAUCAUAAAGAGUCGGGAGAGUAACUGCAAAACAUUCGAAUAAAAAUAACGGUUAUCGUGCGUAUUAAUAUUUUAUACUUAAAUAAAGUCUUAAAGAUGAAACGCCGGUUUGUCGAAGCUCAAGAGCAUCAAAGCAAUCCGCCAAAACAACUCACCAAAGAACAGUAAAUAUUUUUAAGUAGUUUUUACCAAAAGCCAGUAUAUGUGACGAGAAGUGGUUACAUGAUGUUGCCACUUUGAAAAAUCAUAAUUUUUUGUUAAUAUUCGAAGAAUAAUACUUAAUAGAGCAAGACUACAGUUUAUACAUUUUUCAAUAUUAAUAUUUAAAAGUACAAAUAGACUCAUCAAACAUUGACAAAUCGAAGAAGCAAUUAAUCAUAUAUGGAAUAAAGAAAGAUAAUACUCUAAUUAGAUGGCCUCAUACAUUUUUGUCUAUAAGCAUGUUAUUUUUGUUGCUUUCAAAUGAAAAUUUUUGAAUGGGAAUACCGAAUUCUAAUAGAGAGAACUUAACAUAGAUCAGACAAAUCGAAAACGGUUUUUAUCAUUUAAAUAUUUGUAUUUUUCUCAGUGUAUACCUAAGACAUUUAUUUUUUUAUUAAAUAUACAGCAAAUUUAUAUAAUAGAUAUAAGGUAUUAUGAAUAAUUUUUACAAAAAAAUGUAUUUUUUAUUGCAAAAAUAUUAUUAUUUAAAUAAAAUAAAAAAUAU